UCUUCGAGCCACCAAAUCAAACCUAUCGCCUGACCAAAACGAAACCGAUACUAUGAAGAAGGUUUUGAAUCUUACUUAUUGGUCCGACGACAAUGAAGGUUAUGAUGACCGUCGAGUUGAGAGAAAGAAUCGAUCUCACUGACAAGGAACGGCAAAUUUUCGACGUGCUUCUCGAUGCUCUCCACGAAAAUAACCUCGAUAACCGGCUUUACGUCGCCAGUGAUUGGGUGCGCGACAAGUAACCCUGAGAAUCCCAAAAAACUGGAGACAGGAAAGAUGCGAACUUUAUAGCCAGUGGAUAGAUUUUGUGCAUUUGAGAAAGGAAGAAGAUUACGGCGAAAAUAAUCGUUUUCCUGGAAAAGUGUAAUUUGCACCCCAGAAGAGGACGCUUAUAGGAGAGACUGGACUAUAAAGUAUGUAUAGUUACUCUCUUCUUUGUCCAGUGAAAGAAGUUGCAUAACGUAACAAUGAUAUGAGUAUCACUGAAUGCAAAUUGUGACAUCUUUUCUGAUGUCUUGUGUUUGAUAGCUUAUUCUCCGGUCGAUUCGCUUCGGUAUUUGUGUUUCUGUUUUUCGUUUUCAUCUCUCUGUUGUUAUGCUUUUGUCAGUCCUGGCUAAACAGUUGCCAUUAAGAGGUGCAAAGUUUGGCUUUACUCUGGAUGAAGAACUAAAAGUAGCUCUUGCAAGAAAGAUUUGCAGAGAGCGGAUCGGAUACGAAAUCGAUUUGAUGAUAUCUGGAAACAGACCAUGUUUCAGCAGUUACUUAUCUUUCUGAUUUCAAACUAUUUGGGGUUGUCUUUGCUCUUCCCUCUUCAUCUGAGCCUGCACCGACAGAGAACUGUGGCAGGUGUAUCUCUUUUUCUAGUUUUUGACAUUCGAGACUCUGUGACACUGCUGGUCCUAUUUUGCAUCACACGUACGUAUUGCUUCUUUAGCCUCUGCCGAGCCUAUAUGGAAGCUAUGUGGAACCUCAUUCAAACACCUGGGCUCGUUAACUUCAGCGUUCCCGUUGUCAACGACUUCUUAAAAAUCUCCAUGAAGCGGAAGAGGAGUGACGCUGAAACAGUUUAUCAGUGUACACCGUGCCGCAGAAAGAUUCCUGUCGUUGAUUCUUCCUCUUCAGUCGAGGAAUUCAGCACAACCGGACAAACUUGACUGUGCUACUGACGCUCUUGAGCACUGGGAAUCCAUCUCCUGAAAUGUUCCAGAAGUCCCGGCUGCAUCGAAAAUAAGACUAGUCACAGAUGUACUGGAUGUGGGUGCUGGAGUUACAUUCCCAUGGCGCGAAAUCGUAGUCGGAACCCAAAACUUCGAGGAAACACGUUCUCUCGGCAAAGGCAAAUUCGGCGAAGUCUUUCGCUGCGACUUCCCAAGAAUUAAUCAGGUUGGAGCUGCAAAGAUUCACGAUCAUGCGAACCGAGCUGGUAAUAUUGAGUUCUUGGCAGAGAUGAGAGUCUUCGGUGAAGCUUAUCACCCAAAUGUGAUUAACCUUAUCGGCAAAAGUUUCGGCGAACAUAAAAGUGCCAUAGUCUACGAAUUCAUGCCCAACGGCUCUCUUCACCACCACCUCUUUGCAAACGCGAGGCCAAGUCCGGGUCUACGGCAGGAAACUCAGGUCUUGGAUUGGGGCACGAGGAUGGGAAUUGCUGUUGGUGUAGCAGAAGCUCUGGUUCAUCUACACACGGGGGUAAAAGAGAUUCACCGAGACGUCAAAGUCGCAAACAUCUUACUUGAUGAGAAUUUGGCUCCGAAGCUGAGUGAUUUUGGAUUGGCGAUGCAAAUCAUUAGAAAUGAAGAAGGCGAUGAGACGCCGCGCGAGAUCAAUCUGAUCAAGGGAAGUCGAGGAUACGUCGCACCGGAAACAGAGGAGCACAUGUUGGUUUCGACCAAGUCCGAUGUCUAUAGCUAUGGAGUUUUUCUGCUUGUGCUUUUCACCGGAAGGGAAGCUUAUGAUCUACCGAAACCUCGUGGGAAAAUGAACAUCACUGAUUGGUUGAUGCCAAUAUGGGGAAGAAAGGAGUAUCUGCCUCUGGUAAUUGAUACUGCGCUCGGUUAUAAUUUUCCGGUGGAUGCUUUACACAGCCUGUUUUUUGCUACGAGGAUGUGUAUAGACGCACAGGCACUUGCACGGCCUAGCAUGGCGUUUGUGGAAAACAUGAUUCGUGAAGCUGCAUCUUACCCAGUCACAGAGUUGAUCCCGGUGAUCGAGAGGAGGCAUUCGAUAGGUCACGCAGUCACAGAGCUGCUCCCGGUGAUUGAGAGGAGGCAUUCGAUAUAACAUGUUUGAUCAGGAGAUUCGAUUUAGGCUUUUCUUUCUUUCUUUCUUUCUUUCUUUUUUUUAGGGGGUUUUACAGAAACAUAUUAUAUACUACUUGGAUUUGUAACGGAUGGUUUUGCAACUGUUUCUACGAUUUGAGACGAGAUCAGGGUUUGGCCUUUUGAAACAAUGCCAUCUGAAAAUAGCUCAACGUUGAGAUCUUUUGUUUUCAUUUCUCUCUGUUAUGUAACUUUCUUCAAAUAAGAGAGAAGCUGAGGGUGAGAAAAGAAUCAGAAAAAGAAUACUUUGAAUAUAUAUACACUAAGCAUGUUUUCAAAUUGUGUGAUUUGUAUAAAUCUAUGGAAUUGCAAAAUUAUUUAAUCUUUUCCACAUUUUAUGAAUUGCAAAUUUGUUUUACUUUAUAUAAAGUGAA